AAUGGCAAAACCUUACCACAGGUUUACGAGCACAAUUAAUAAACUAUAAUGAACGAUAAUGAUAAUAAAGAGUAUCUAAGAUGUGAUAUUUCAUUUCAGGUUACAAAAUAACUCUUUUUGCCAUAAUGGCCAUCGCCGUGCUUCAYCAAAGUAAUGGAGCACCGUGCCAAGCUUCGUCGUUGACAGCUAACUCUCAGCAACAGCUAAAAAAUUGCUACAAGAACCUCAAAAAUCAGGCAAAAAUUCUUAAACACAAAAGCAACACCGCCGCACAUAACUUGAAACAAACGUUUAGCGUUAACACCAAUACAGCAUGUAUAAACAUUGGUACUAUACAGACAAUAGUACAGACGGGUAUGAACAUUACCAAUACCAACAAACUGACGGAUUUAAAGACACUCAAAUUCCACAAGGCAGUCCUGUCAAAGUACAACAGUGUUUUGAAGUCGAACGCCCUMAAGGUUCAAAACAGCCCACCUCUUAUCAAAGGCGUGUUAAGAGACAUUCAAGCAGUCGUUAGAAUGAUCGAUCUGGCUAUACUAAACAUGCAACCAACUGGCGCAUGUCAAGUACCUAAUGUACCAAUCCCAGCAGCCUCCAGUGCUCUACACAGUCUAGUAUGUCGCACUAUUGACCUUGAUGCUUUUGCACGAGUCAUCACUAUAAAAUACGCACAACUUUACAACGCUGCGUGAUAAUCUUUAACAAAUUCUAGGAAUAUGAAAUUAGGAUUUUUAGCCUAAAGAAAUUAUUAUAGCCUUUAUUUUAUCUUAUUCGAUAGUUAACAAAUUCUAGGAAUAUAAAAUUAGGAUUUUUAGCCUAAAGAAAUUAUAGCCUUUACUUUAUCUUAUUCGAUAGUUAACGAAUUCUAGGAAUAUGAAAUUGUUAUUUUUAGC